ACCAUCAGACUGAUCAACACAGUGACAGACCCCAAACACACCCACGUCUCAUCGUCUAACUCUCAAGCUGAGUCAAGGGUUAUUUUCAGAGAGCAACUAUAGAAUGUGACUUCCUUUUCAGCUAACAUACAAUCAUAAUUUUAUAGAACAGCAGCCUUCAUCAAAAGGACGUCUCUGCUCUUUCUCUACACUACAAUUCCUUCUCUGUGUGUAUCGGUUAGUCAACCGCUAGCUACCAGUGACAGUGAUAGAUAAGUACAUACAGCCAGAGGAAACAGUCAAGCCUUAAAGAGAUGUCUGGUGGUCCCUUCUCCUGCUUCUCCAAACAGGGAAUACUGCUUCUCCUACUCUCCAACUUACACUAUGUUGUGGGUGUUCCUCUGAUCAUCAACAAGAGAGUGGGGGACUCCGUGGAGCUGCUGGCAGGCUUAGAGACGGGACAUUUCAAAUCCUUGGUGUGGAAGUUUAUGGGAAAGGAUAUUGCAGAAUUCAAUUCAGAAGUUGUAUAUUCACCUGGAUCCCGGUUUAAGGGGAGACUAAAGAUGGACGCCGAAAACUACAGUUUAACAGUCAGAGAACUGACACUGCAAGACUCAGGCGAUUUUCUACUUACAGGUGAAGAGGACAAAGGUCAGAUUGGCAGUAAGACCAUCACUCUGAAGGUCCACGAGCCUAUAUCCAAGGUGGCGAUCCAGACAGACAUCAAGCUAUUGGCCAACCACUCCUGUAUGGUACGGCUGGUGUGUAACGUGUCCUGCUACCCCAACCUUACCUACACCUGGGCGAGAGACAAUGAGAUCUACGGGGAUGGCCAGCAGAUUCACUUCUCUCUCUCACCAGCAGAGAGAGACAUCAGUGUAAAUUGCAACGCCUCCAACCUAGUCAGUUGGGCAACUGCCUUUGCAACAGUGAAGUGUAGAAAUGACACAACCACCCCAGGACUGACAUGGUACACCAUCUACAUCGGAAUAUCAGUAGGAGGCACUGUGGUGCUGAUCCUCACUGUAGCUGUGGCGGUGUGGUAUUGCAGGGGACGAAGUAACACAGCAGAUCUACCUGACACAAUAUAUGCUGAUGUUAUGUUCAACACAAGAAGUAGAGAUACAAGAUCAAACAGUCAUGUAAACCCAAUAUCCACCUAUGAAACUGUCAAUGAUCUGGUUAUCCCAAGAUUGAACAAGCCGCAGACUCUGUAUGACAAGAUCGCAUUUGGACGCCCAGAAGGCCCGCAGUCUCCCUACCAGAAUGUACUGUGAGCUGAACAGGAUGUGGUCAUAGGUUGGGCCUCCCAUAGAUAUGGAACCCUCUGCAUGCUCUGCAUCUUACACGUGUACUUUCUGUAGAUAGGCCUAGACGUUACUGUCUAUUUGCUUACUUUAACUUCUUUCUCCCUUUGAUUCUCAUAUAUAUAGUAUGUCAUAAGGCCUUAUGCCUUUCUUUGAAGGCCUAGUUACAAUUAGGAGAUUCUGAAAUCUGUCAUAGGCAGAAGUAGGUGUUGUGAUCACACAAGCUCGUAUGUCGGAUUUCAAUUUUCUAGAUUAAAGAAAAUAUAUGUAGAUAAUAGCAUGACAUUGAUUAGUGAGUUUGAGUUAUGCCUGUGAAUAGACAGUGUACUCUGUUGCAUCAGGAUUAUGGGCUCACCAGGCAUUGAUGAGGUUGUAAUCAGAGAGUAUAUGAUGGAGAGCCUUUGUUACAUGUGGAUUGUAGUUGUUUUUAUUUUUUUCGUCCGCAUGUCCAAAAUGGCAUUCAUGUCUGUCCCAAUAACCAGAUGGAAUUCAAUUAAUUUCCCAAAAUAUGCCGUUCACAGAAUAAAAAAUGUUUUUACCUUUUUGAAUA